AUGGAAUUGUCAGUUUGCUGUGGAAUAAAGCCUGUCCAGAGAUAUAAUGUUAAAGAUGACACUGGGAAAGAGGUUUUCAGUAUUCUUGAGGACAGCGAGUGUUGUGACAGGUCUUUCUGUCCUGGCGCACAUUCUUUCAUAAUGAAUGUUACUGAUGUCUCUAAUCAAGUGGUCAUCAGAAUGGUGCGCCCGUUUGUUUGCUGCUGCGGCAGAAAUAAGCUAGAGGUUCAGUCUCCACCAGGCACUGCCAUUGGAUAUGUUCAACACAACUGGCAUAUUUGCCAACCUAAAUUCACGGUUGAGAAUGAACAAGGUGAACCGGCAUUUAAGAUUGAGGGACGAUGUAUUGGUUGUACCUGCCACACAGACCAUAACUUUGAGCUGCUGUCUUUGAAUGAGGCAGCGACAGAAAGAUCAUUUGGCACGAUCUUGAAACCUGUCUCAAGCAGUGGACCAAAUGCAGGUGCAGGUUUUGUUCUGAGGUUUCCAAGCAACCUGGAUGUCAAAAUGAAAGCAACUGUACUGGGAGCCUGCAUACUUAUUGACUACAUGGGUUAUAAAUCAAGAAAUCAACCGAUCUGGUGUACUUGCUUGACCUUGGCAAUAGGCUGUUGGAAAUUGUACUAGGACUGUGCCACAUUCAUCAAUUUCAGCAAA